GAAUGGGCGUGGCGGGGGCGCGGCCGGGCGAGCGGAACGGGCCGGUGCGGCGGGCGCAGCCAUGUCCUUCUGCUCCUUCCUGGGGGGAGAGGUGUUCAAGGAUCAUUUCCAGCCGGGCAUCUACGUGUGUGCCAAGUGUGGCCAUGAGCUGUUCUCCAGCCGGGCCAAGUACGAGCACUCGUCGCCGUGGCCAGCCUUCACCGAGACCCUGCGCGGGGACAGCGUGGCCAAGCGGGAGGAGCGCCCGGGCGCUUUGAAGGUGACGUGUGGCAAGUGUGGCAACGGGCUGGGCCACGAGUUCCUCAACGAUGGCCCCAAGCAGGGCCAGUCCCGCUUCUGAAUAUUCAGCAGCUCGCUGAAAUUCGUCCCGAAAGGUAAAGUUGACAACAACCUGAAGGAGAAGUAAGCGAGCUGCUCCACCUGGCACUGCCCUGGGUUGAUCCUGCCUUCGCUCCUUGGCGUGCACCAUCCUGCCAAGGGGACCCCAGCAGGAGGAACCCCAAGGAAGCUCCUGGUUUCCCUAAUCUGGCUCUCCCCUGGUUUCCCUGUCAUGGUUCCCUGCUGGUUUCCUUAUCACAGUUUACCACUCAUUUCUCUGAUCUGAGUCUCUCCUCCUUUCCCUAAUCUGGUUCUCUCCUGGUUUCCCUGUCACGGUUCUCCCCUGGUUUCCCUGUCAUAGUUCU